AUGGACGGUCCUGCCAACCCCACCCUCGUAUCGAGAAUUCAUUCGCGCCAUCGUUACCAAGCCCAACAAGCUCCCCAGCAAAGGUUUCCUGCACCCGACCAGCAACAGCCACGCGACCAAUUCCUAGCCCCAGGACCUGACGCCGGACCCAGAAGCAGAGAGAGUAUGAGCAGAGGCCAUCGCUUCUUCCACCGUCGCGCUGUGCUGGACAAUGUUGAAAUCGUCACGGUCCUUGCUACAGUCGACGAAGCUGGCAAUGUCAUCGCCCAGGAAACACUACUGCCUGCGCCGCCACCAUCUUUGCCAGAUGUAAUCGCUACUGCUGCUGCUGCCAUGGUUUCUGCGGCACCAGUCGCUCAGCCAGUUCAGCUAGCACUUCCUUCAGUUGUGCCUGCUAUACCCGCUGUCCCCGUUGCGCCCAUUCCCGCACAACCGCCUGUGCCUGUACCUGCGCCUGCGCUACCAUCUGUGGCUCCUGCCGUGCCGUCCUCUGUAGCUGCUCCUGCACUGCCAGUUGCGCCUGAUACUGCGAUGCCCGUACCCGAUACUCCGUUGCCUGUGCCCGAUACCGCAUUACCUGAUACCGCACUGCCUGUACCUAAUUCUGCGGUUGCGGCACCCGUACCCGAUCCUGCACUGCCAGCUAUACCCACGCUUGCAACAUCUUCUGUGGCUGUUCCUACGGUGCCAACCCUGUCUGCUCCAGCGCUGGCAGCUGUUCCUGCGGUGCCUUCUGUACCUGUUCCUGUUCUACCAUCUGUGCCAGCAGUACCGCCGUUUCCCACCGAUCUGGUCGUCCCAGCUGUCCCAGCGUAUCCUUUUCCGUCGCUGAACUAUGUCGCGCAACCCGUAGUUACAUCUGCUUCUAGUGCUUCAUCAAUGCUUUCUUCGAUCCAAAGCACUGCCACGCCAUCUCUUCCCUCUGCUAUCAACUCGGCCACUAACACGACCCUAUCAUCUACCUCAUCACUGUUGUCGUCUUCUACUAUCUUGGCCUCCUUUGAUAGCAUUUCGGCCUCGUCCGCAACGGACCUCGCUGUAUCAGUCAAUGCCGUCCCGACUCGCUCACUCUCUGAUUCACAGUCUGUUGCUGCUUCCACCAGGACGUCACUCACACAGGCAAUAAUCAGCUCAAACUCGGCUCGCAGCAUUGCCUCUGCUUCGAGUGUCCCAACUACCUCGAGUGUACCGACUACAACCGCCAAUUAUGGCGGCUGGGGCGGUAGUGCGCCUGGCACCGCAGGAGUCCCUGCUCCAACUACCUCAGCUACGUCAUCUGCCGACUCCAACUCCAGCCCUAGUGCUCUUGAAACGCCCAAAGUAAUUGGUAGCGUGUUAGGGAGUCUUGCCGGGGUUGCCCUCAUCUUGGCCUUGAUAUUGUUUCUUUUGAAACGCCACAAGCAGAAGCGAGGCGGUGCUCUACAGCUCACUGGCGACGAUCACCACCAGGAAAGCAGCCGGUCCAUGACCCAGGCGCCUGCCCCAAGCAACACCCUUGUACCUAUCGCCUUUCUCAAACGCUUUUCUGGCAUGUCUGGCAAGACGGCCGAGACUAGCACGAGCGCUGGUGAGCGGAGCUUUCAACGGGUGUCGGGUCGCAAGUUGCCAUCUGCAUUCAGUGAAGGCAUGACGUCUGAUCAAUUCUCUCGUGGAGGCACAAUGUCUGGUUCAUCAUUCUACCAAGACGACCACGGCCUCUAUGGUGGCGCAAGUCUGUCUAAAGAGAUGGGCAAGGAGAUUGGCGAGAGCUCUGCCCCACGUGAAUCAGGACAGAUGAGCUUUCGACCCAGUCCUGCGAGAACACCCAUCAUCCGCCAUCCCGACGAUGGGAACCCUUUCGCAGAUCGCCACCAUCUCAGCCCGCCACAUUCUCCUGUCGGCGAACUGCCUCCUAGAGGUACACUCGGAAGAAGCUUGCCCUCGGCCGACGGGUCGCGCUCAAGCAAAUUCACCGAGAAUGUUUGA